GCGAGCGGGCCGGCGCCGGGGAGGUAGAGGUGGGUCUGUCAAGCUUCAGGCUCCGGCUGGGGAGGCCGCCUUCGCUCUCGCCAGGUCUUGGGUCCGCUACGCAGCCUGUCAGCUGGGACUUCUCUGUUCCCGAAGUCCGAUCGGGGCUCUCUCGGGCGGCCCACCCCGCGUCAGAUUCCUGACCGCGUCCUACCCACGACAGCGGCCGAGGUGGUGGCGAAGCAUCGGGCCUCCAGCCGAUCUCCCUGUCUGUAAAACUCGGAUCCCGAUGCAUCCGAGGGCAGCUUUUGAAGACGGAAAGAGCCCCAGUUUAUGUUUACGAAUUUAGCCUUCUCGAGUUUGGUGGUUAGAAUAGAGGGUUCAUCCCCGAGAUCUGGCUUUUGAUCGUACACUUCAGGGACAGGAGGUCAGUACCUCAAAGAGCAGCCUGUUUCCAUUUGGGGACGAACUAAGAUCUUCCUCGCCGAACUUUCAUCGUCUGGUUUUACUCAGAGCCACGCUAAGCCAUCCCUAAGUUCAGAGACAGCUGCCAUCUGCCCUCCCACACCCUUCUUGUGGCUUCAUGCUUCCAUGUUCCUUCACCUGACCGUUACAUGGCCGCUCAUUCUGCCUAUGUUUACAUGAGCAUUCUUAUCUGCUAUCUGGUGCUAGCGAUUCAUAUUGAGCUCAUAUGGUCAGCUAAUCCAGCCAGAUCUUUAACCAACCAUCCUCUGUGCGUAUGCAAAGAAGCCUUUUCACACAGAUGUCCUUAGAGAUAAUAUGGAUCAGUCCGGAGUUCUCCUCUGGGUGAAAGCAGAACCCUUUAUAGUGGGCGCCUUGCAGGUCCCCCCUCCAUCCAAGUUCAGUCUUCACUAUCUCAGGAAGAUAUCCACCUAUGUGCGAACCCGGGCCACAGAGGGAGCUUACCCACGCCUGUCCUGGUCGACGUGGAGGCACAUUGCAUGUGGGAAGCUGCAGUUGGCUAAGGAUCUGGCGUGGCUUUACUUUGAAAUAUUUGAUAGUCUUGCAGUAAAGACACCAGAGGAGCGUCUGGAAUGGUCUGAAAUUCUGUCCAACUGCAUGUCUGAGGAUGAAGUCGAAAAGCAAAGGAAUCAGCUUUCAGUGGACACCCUACAGUUUCUGCUCUUCUUAUAUAUACAGCAGUUAAACAAGGUCUCCCUGAGAACAUCAUUGAUUGGAGAAGAGUGGCCUAGUCCCAGAAACAGAUCUCACUCUCCCGACCUCACUGAAAAGUCCAGUUGUCAUAAUAAGAACUGGAAUGAUUACAGUCACCAAGCUUUUGUCUAUGAUCAUCUGUCAAAUCUCCUUGAGCUGCUUUUAGAUCCAGAACAACUCACCGCAUCAUUUCAUUCAACCCACAGUAGUCUAGUCUCUCGAGAAGCUGUCAUGGCACUCAGCUUUCUUAUUGAAGGGACAGUGAAUAGAGCCAGGAAGAUAUAUCCACUUUAUGAACUUGCACUGUGGCAACCACUGCAUGCAGAAAGUGGAUUCUCAAAGACCUCUAAGACCUUUUCUUUCUGCAAGCUGGAAGCCUGGUUGAGAGCCUGUUUGACUGGGAAUCCAUUUGGUACAUCUGCUUGCCUCAAGUCUGGAAAGAAAUUGGCUUGGGCUCACCAAGUUGAAGGGACAACCAAAAGAGCUAAGAUUGCUUGUAAUACUCACGUGGCCCCUCGGAUGCACCGCAUGGUGGUGAUGAGCCAGGUUUACAAGCAGACAUUGGCCAAGAGCUCAGAUACUCUGGUGGGGGCACAUGUAAAGAUUCAUCGUUGCAAUGAAUCUUUUAUAUAUCUGCUCUCUCCCUUACGAUCUGUGACAAUUGAGAAGUGUAGGAAUAGCACCUUUGUCCUGGGCCCUGUACAGACUGCUCUUCACCUCUACAGCUGUGACAACGUCAAAGUCAUUGCUGUUUGCCAUCGCCUAUCCAUCUCUUCUACCACAGGUUGCAUCUUCCAUAUUCUGACACCUACACGCCCACUUAUUCUCUCUGGGAACCAGAGAGUAACGUUUGCCCCUUUUCAUACCCAUUACCCAAUGCUGGAGGACCACAUGGCCAGGACCGGCCUUGCUACCGUGCCUAACUAUUGGGACAAUCCCAUGAUCAUGUGCAGAGAGAACAGCAGCACAAGUGUCUUCCGACUCUUACCUCCAUGCGAAUUCUAUGUAUUUAUUAUUCCCUUUGAGAUGGAAGGGGACACAACAGAGAUACCUGGGGGUCUUCCAUCUGCAUAUCAGAAAGCACUGGGCCAAAGAGAAAAGAAAAUACAAAUCUGGCAGAAAACUGUGAAGGAGGCUUGUUUGACAAAGGAUCAAAGGAAGCAGUUCCAGGUACUUGUGGAAAACAAAUUUUAUGAGUGGUUGAUUAAUACAGGACAUCAGCAGCAGCUGGACAGCCUUGUGCCCCCUGCAGCAGGCUCCAAACAAGCAGCAGGAUAAGACUUCCUCAUCAAAACACCGGGCCCUGGCAACAUGAGGAUGAGUGGCAGAUGGCCACAUGUGGAAACUAAAUUGGGAAGGUGCUCCUGCUGCUUAAGAGACUUUGGAGUUUUGUUUGUUUUUUUUUUCCUGUUUAAGACCUCUCCUUAAUUUUCCUUCCAUUCUUACUUGUUACUGUUUACACUGAAUUUUAGCUAAACUUCUGACUAUUGUAGAAACAUACUGUUUAUUGAACAUCAGAAGGCUCAUUUUGUGAUGCUGAAAUGAAGACGUUGAUGAAGGCUUGUAUAUAUGUUAAUGGUAUAGUGACUGAGUAUAGAUUUACAAGUAAACUUCACAUUUUAAUUUGUGUAAUGAAAGGGUUUCAUCCUUUCUAGAGUUAAAUAAGAGUUUUAUAGUUCUUUGUAGCUGUUUACAAAGGAAAUAGCUAUUCCUUUUAAAAAAAGAAUUGGAGUGAAAGUGUGAUUUGUUGGCAUAGAAAUAUAGCAGAAGUUUUAUACAAAGAUAUUUUAGCCCUUAAAGUAUGCAGCAAUGAAAUUGUGUGAAAUCUUUAUUUUUUAAUUUCAUUUUCUGCUUCAAAUUUCCAGUAAACAUUCUAAAAAGUAAUUUUCUCCUUUUGAUAAAAAGAUAAAGCUUUACUUUUAAAUUUAGAAAAGGUUUCCAAUGUCAUUCCGUGAUGUUAUAUCAAAAUAAAGUUUACAUUUGGUUGAGAAAACUAUGUUCUUUAAGAUAAAGGAAAACAAUAAUCAGUUUAAUAAAAUGAAUCUGAUUGCUGAUAAA